UAGGCCUUUCCGUUUCCAAUUUAUAACGCGAAGGAGACCCAAAAGGCCAACCAAAGCGAAGUGGACGCUGGUAGUGGUAAAUGGCACUUCGAAGCCUGAGCUCAUUUACAGCCGUCCGAUUCGAAGCUCCCAAAUCCAACGGUGCUCCUAUUCCUCCUCCACGGCAUCAAGACCCUUUGCCCCGACUCUCCGUCACCAAGCCCUCUUGGGUCGUCCGCACAGAGUCAAAUGUUCACAGAGAAGUAAGAAGGAAGCCGGAUCCACCUUGUGAGGUCUGCACAGGGAGUGGAAGGGUCAAUUGCCACGAUUGUUAUGGAACAGGUGUUGCUGCCAAGGUGGAACAACUGAUGCGCAACUUCUUGUGGGAGGGAGCAGAGGAAGGAAAGAAUGUCCACCUUGUGAAUUGGGAGCGGGUGUCCAGAAUUAGGGAAGCAGGAGAGCUUGGCAUUGGGUCCUUGAGAGAAAGAAACGAAGCCUUGAGGGCAAAAUGGUUGUGGAGAUUUCCAAUUGUAACCAAUGCUACGUGGGAUAAGGUAAUUAAGAGCAAAUAUGGACUAGACUCCGAUGUGUUGCUGAUUUUCUGUUGGCAAUGGAGAAAAGGUUAGAUUUUGGGAGGAAUAUUGGUUGAAGGAAGGUUUAUUGUGGGAAUUAUUUCCUAGAAUAUUCUCCCUGUCCAGGAAAAAGGAUCAAUGUAUUUCAGACUUUGUUAUCGACGCAGUGAUACCUCACAAUUGGGAUUUUGGUUUCAGAAGGAAUUUGACUGAUGCCAAGAUUGCAGAAGUGAUAUUACUUCUGGAUAUUCAAAGAGAGGUACGUCUAAUUCAUACGAGAUCGGACAGAUUUGGGAGAUUGAGGACCAUGGGUCGUUUUUGUGCAAAUCAUUUAGGUCUUUUAUCCUGUCUAACGGCACGAGGGAUGUUUUCUCCCCUUUCGCCUUAGUUUGGAAGGCGAAGACUCCCCCGAAACUUAAGUUCCUUCAGUGGCUGGUUGCGAAUGGGAAAGUUAACACUUGCGAUCUUAUUCAAAGGAGGAGCCCGAAGAUGUGUUUAUCUCCUUACUGGUGCAUUCUGUACAAGUCGUGCGCUGCGCAGAAAACAUUGAUCAUCUAUUCAUUCACUGUUCGUACUCACUAAAUCUAUGGUGGAAACUGUUAAACGAACUCAGAGCCGUUUGGGUGAUCCCUAGAGGUUGUAUUGAGCUCCUUAGUCCCAAACUGACAGUUCUGAGGAAGGGGAAGAGAGCUCGAACUUUACGGGACUGUCUUGUUGAUGCUAUUUUCUGGAAUUUAUGGCUGGAACGCAACAGAAGAAUUUUUCAGGGGUAUGAUGGAGUGAGAUCCGAAGAACUAUGGGAUAGAGUAAAAUUUUGGGCUUCUCUUUGGGCAUCUGUCUCUGGGCAUUUUAAGGAUUACCAUUAUUCUAUUAUCUUGAGAGACAUGAGUGCUGUCUUAGGAUAAGUUUACUUAAGUUGUGCUUUAGCUUCUAACCUAUCCUUGGUUGGAGUAGUUUUAGAUGAAUCUUUCUUGCUUCCUGCUUAUAAUGAGCAGGUUCUCUCUUUGGUGUAUAAUUGAGGAUAGCUUUUCCUCUUGACAAUCAAUACAAAUGUUUCCAUUCAAAAAUAAAAUAAAAUAAAAUAAAAUUGAGUGCAGUCCUGCUGCACCAG